CGAGUAAUACGGUUCCGCCGCCGCCGGUCGCGAAAUCGUGCGAUCGGGUUCUCGCGUGACCUUGACGAUGUACUCGCCGUUACACGAGCCACGAAUUCCGUGUCGCGUUUCGGUGUUGUGGCUCCGAGUCGUACGCGACAAGAUAUCCUCCUACGACGCCUACCGGAAAGAUGACGUCCCGCGGAUGACAUCCUCCGACGGCGGUGUCAAUAAAUCCUUAGCGCGACGCGGUCGAUCAUUCAAUUCUGUCGCGUCUGUGUGUAACGCGUUCACGGGCGAUCCGAUCGUGUAUCCGAGUGCUGCCGGGUAAACGGCGUUACCCAGGUAAUGCCCGAGAGAUACUUCGCGCACUCCGUCCGGUUCCGAGUCGAUACACCGGGUAAACUACGCGAGACACGAUCCGGUUCGAGUUGACGCGGCGCGCGCUCGUGUCUCGCGUUCGCGACGCCUUUCCGUUCAGGCGAUCUCUGAAUUUGGUUCGGCUCAUUCGAAGUCCACGCGACCAAUAUUUAUGGAUCGUGGAAGCGUGAAGCGUACUACAAUUCCCGGACAUGCGGAGAAUGGCGAUGGCCAGUUGACUCGAUGGAUGAGCUGAUAUAUACUGGCGUUCUAGAGAUCUCAUGGCGAAUUAGAUCAACGUUUUAUCAUCCUUAACGGUGGUUCUGUCAUGUAUUGAAAAUUAACGUGUUCACUGCUCUCACAGGAGUUUGGAUCACCAGCUUUUCACGCCUCCUGCGUAGUUUAUUCUAACGUUUCAAUCAGGAAUGUCACGGGACUAUGACAGACGAAGAGGAGGCAGCGGUAGCGGUAGCAGUUCUAGUAAGUUACGGAUGGAUACGAGUGUAUCGCAACCCAGACCGCACGGUGAAAAUUCUGGAAAACGACGAGAAUUAGAUAGCAUGAUGCGGAAAGCGCGCGAAUCUCAAUCAAGUUACUGGAACAAGAAGCUUUUGGAAGUUGAAGAGCGAGACCCGAACAGGUGGAGACACAGUGGUUACAAAGAAUUGUACGUUGGUGGUACGGCGAGCGGAGAGCCCAGUAGAGGACAUCCGAGAAGUCCGAGAAGUCCCAGACCUCGAAGUCCACACUUGCAGAGACCGCGCAGUCCUCGAACCAGAAGUCCGCGAUCUCCUCGCGAGAGAUCGCACACCAGAGGAAGACCGACGCGAAGCCCGAGUACAGCGAGCACUUGUUCCGAUCGAUCGUGCAGCGUUUGCUCGCCCAAGGAACGACGGCGCAUCGUCCAGCCGUCUCGUUCGCGAUCGAGAUCGCUUACGCCGGUCCGUCCUCGGGCACACCCGAAAGAAGUCGUGCCGUCUAGUUCACGAGUGAUACCUCGCACCAGACCACGAUCACCUCCUUUACCGCGUCCACGCACACCUCCGCCUGCACCGCAGCUUCCCCCGCGUCAUCAAAAGGAUUACAAAGCGAUCAAAGAAAAAGAAACCAAGAUACGGCGUAAAGAAAAGCAUCACGCUAGAAUUCCGGAAGAUCCACGAGUCCCGGAACCCAUUCCAUUGAUGCGUAAACCGGUAAAAGUAGAGAAAACGCAUUCGACCCAUGGAUCGGCUCCGAUGAUCAGGCCCCCUCCUGAGUCAUCGCCCAGCGAAGACAGCGACAGUUCUUCUACAACGUCACACGUGGGUCCACCCAGAAUGACUUUGUCCGAACGAUUUGGUAAAAUGGCACAAUGGAGCGUCGAUCGUAGGGACAUGGAAAAUAUGCGUAUCACGAAGGAUGGAGAAAACGCAAUGAAAGUUGUGAUAGAGGGAGAAGAAAGAAUCGCCAGAUUAGGAUAUGAUUCUCCACCCCCGGGACACUAUCCCGAAUCGCUUUUAGCCCAAGGGCCGAGGGGACUUGAGUGUUGGGACGAUGUCCGCGUGAGGUACGAUUAUUAUAAAGCAAGAGGAUAUCUCCGAGACCUCACCUUAGACGAUUACAUAAAAUGGGAAGAAUGGUGGUACAAGUAUCAAGAAUGGCUGGAAGCGGAACGUUUUUAUGAACAAUGGGCCACUUCCUCCUCGUCGAACCGUCCCUCCGGUGGAAGUCGAAAAAGGCGCGGCCGGCGUAACAACGCGGCUCAUUAAUCAUUUCACAAGGAUCAUUGUCAAAUUCAUAGACGCCAUCAUAAAGAAACUGUACUGUAACUGUGCUUAGAAAUGAGUGCAAACAAUGUGUAAACGCUCUGUACAGGCGUACGUUAUAAAGACAACCAUGCGCCCAUAUACAUAUACACGAACGUAUAUACUAUAAUAAAUGGUAUGAAUGUGCUGUAAAAACUUCGUCUUCAUCGGUCUACCAAGUAAAACUUGAUACCAUAGGAACAAUCAUAAUAGUUUCUUCGUUUAAUUUGAUAUUUCAUUUGUAGACUAUUCUAUACCUGUUAUAAGACAAACGAUUUUUCUUAUAAUUAUUUCUUGGUGUAACUGUACCAAAAAAUAUAUGUUAUGACUAUUUCAUAAAAGAUUGUAUGUUAAAAUAAUGUCCCGUAGUAAAUAUGAGAUAAGGUUUUGUCCCUGUGUGGCGAAAGGUCGAGUAAAGUUAUCACGAAUAUA